GGACAGUGUACCACCAUGGAGUUGGGGCCUCUAGAAGGUGGGUACCUGGAGCUUCUCAACAGCAAUGCCGACCCUUUGGAGCUCUACCACCUCUAUGACCAGAUGGACCUGGCUGGCGAGGAAGAGAUUGAUCUCUGCUCAGAACCUGACACGGACACCAUCAACUGCGAGCAGUUCAGCAGGCUGUUGUGCGACAUAGAAGGUGAUGAAGAGACCAGGGAAGCUUAUGCCAAUAUCGCGGAACUGGACCAGUAUGUGUUCCAGGACUCCCAGUUCGAGGGCCUGAGCAAAGACAUUUUCAUCGAGCACAUAGGAUUAGAAGACAUGAUCAGCGAGAGUGUGGAGAUGCUGGAGGAAGCAGGACAAAAGAGUCAGAAAAGACCCUUCCCAGAGGAGCUGCCCGCAGACCUGAAGCACAGGAAGCUCGCCGAGCCCCUGACUGCGUCCAUGGUGACUGGCACUUUCCUGGUGGGGCCAGUGAGUGACUCCUCGGCUCUGCCCUGCCCAUCACCCCCUGCUCUGUUCAACAAGGAGCCAACAUCCAUCCCGACCAGGCUGGAGGAAACCGUCCUGACGCCUGCGCCCCCCUCCGGUUCCUUGCUGAGCUGCCUGAGUCUCCCUGCUGGGCCCAUCCACAUCAUCCCCACCCUCCCUGCUCUGCCCCAGGGGCUCUGGCAAAUCUCAGGAGCCGGGACAGAGGUGUCCAGUAUACUCAUCUACCAAGGCGAGAUGCCCCAAGCACCCCCUUCUAGCCUCCCGAAGUCCCCAGACCGGCCUGGCUCUACCAGCCCCUUUGCUCCGGCUGCAGCUGACCUUCCCAACAUGCCAGAGCCAGCCCUGACCUCCCGUGCAAACGUAACAGAGGAUGAGAUGUCCCCUGCCCAAUGCCGGGCAGCUCGCAAGGUCUCCAGCAAGCUUCCAAAAUAUCCUGAGAGGGUGGAGCAGUUUUGCCGUUCACUACGGGACAAGUACCAGGCCAAGCCCGCAGGCCCGGAAGACAUCCUGGUGGAGGUGGACCUGAUGAGGGCCCGGCUGGAGAGGAGCAGCAGCAAGAGCCUGGAGAGGGAACUGGUCAUCCUGGACUGGGCAGAGCAGCAGCCAGCCCGCGGUGGCCUGGCUGGGGUGCUGCUUGCUGCUAGUGACUGCCGGCGGCCGCGUGAGACACAGGUGAUUGCUGUGCUGGGCAAGGCAGGACAGGGGAAGAGCCGCUGGGCCCGGGCAGUGAGCCGGGCCUGGGCCUGUGGCCAGCUGCCACAGUACGACUUUGUCUUCUACCUGCCCUGCCACUGUUUGGACCGAUCAGGGGACACCUACCGCCUGCAGGAUCUGCUCUUCUCCCUGGGCCCGCAGCCACUGCCGGGGGACAGUGAGGUCUUUGGUCACAUCUUGAGGAGGCCUGACCGCCUUCUGCUCAUCCUGGAUGCCUUUGAGGAGCUCGAAGCCCAAGACGGCCUCCUGCCCAGUACAUGUGGACCCGUGUCGGCGGCGGAGCCCAGCUCCCUCCGAGGGCUGCUGGCCGGCCUCCUCCAGCGCAAGCUGCUGCGAGGCUGCACCCUGCUGGUCACGGCCCGGUCCCGGGGCCGCCUGGCUCAGAGCCUGAGCAAGGCGGACGCCCUGUUCCAGAUGGCCGGCUUCUCAGCCCAGCAGGCUGAGACCUAUGUGGAGCGCUACUUUGAACAUUUGGGGGCCGCUCACCACCAGGAAAGAGCCCUGGCGCUCCUCCGGGGCCAGCCCCUUCUUCUCAGUCACAGCCACAGCCCCACUGUGUGCCGGGCCGUGUGCCAGCUCUCUGAGGCCCUCCUGGAGCUGGGAGAGGAGGCCGAGCUGCCUUCCACACUUACGGGACUCUACGUUGGCCUCCUCGGCCCAGCGGUCCAUGACAGCCCCCCCGGGGCCCUGGAGACAGUGGCCAGGCUGGCUUGGGAGCUGGGCCGCAGACACCACAGCGCCUUGCGGGAGGACCAGCUCCCAGAGAAGGUGAGGGCCUGGGCUGUGGCCAAAGGCUUGGUGCAGCCUUGCCCUGGGGCUCCAGAGACCGAGCUGGCCUUCCCCAGCUUCCUCCUGCAGUGCUUCCUGGGGGCCCUGUGGCUGGCUGUGAGCAGUGAGAUCAAGGACAAGGAGCUGCCGCAGUACUUGGCAUUGACCCCGAGGAAGAAGAGGCCCUAUGACAACUGGCUGGAGGGCAUGCCGCGCUUUCUGGCCGGGCUGGUCUUCCAGCCUCAUGCCCGCUGCCUGGGAGCCCUGGCCGGGCCGGUGGUGGCCAGUGUGGUGGACAGGAAGCAGAAGGUGCUCACCAAGUACCUGAAGCGGCUGCAGCCAGGGUUGCUGCAGGCAGGGCGGCUGCUGGAGCUGCUGCACUGUGCCCACGAGGCGAUGGACGCUGGCCUUUGGCGGCAUGUGGUACAGGGGCUCCCCGCCCACCUCUCCUUCCUGGGUACCCGGCUCACACCUCCGGACACCCACAUACUGGGCAGGACCUUGGAGACAGCGGGCCGUGACUUUUCCCUGGACCUCCGCAGCACUGGCAUUGACCCCUCUGGACUCAGGAGUCUCGUGGGACUCAGCUGUGUCACCCGGUUCAGGGCCGCCUUGAGUGACACGGUGGGGCUGUGGGAGUCCCUACAACAGCAUGGGGAGGCCAAGCUACUCCAGGCGGUGGAAGAGAAGUUCACUGUUGAGCCUUUCAAAGCCAAGUCCAUGAAGGAUGUGGAAGACCUGGGCAACCUUGUGCAGAUCCAGAGGACAAGAAGUUCCUCAGAAGACACAGCCAGGGAACUCCCCGCCAUCCGGGACCUAAGGAAGCUCGAGUUUGCGCUGGGCCCUGUCUCGGGCCCCCAGGCUUUCCCCAAACUGGUGAGGAUCCUGGAGGCCUUCUCCUCCCUCCAGCAUCUGGACCUGGACUCGCUGAGCGAGAACAAGAUCGGGGACGAGGGUGUCGCGCAGCUCUCAGCCACCUUCCCUCGGCUGAAGGCUCUGGAGACGCUCAACUUGUCCCAGAACAGCAUCACUGACGUGGGCGCCUGCAAGCUCGCCAAGGCCCUGCCCUCACUGGCUGCAUCCCUCCUCAGGCUGAGCUUGUACAAUAACUGCAUCUGUGACGUGGGAGCCAAGAGCCUGGCUCACGUGCUUCCGGACAUGGUGUCCCUGCGGGUGCUGGAUGUCCAGUACAACAAGUUCACAGCCGCCGGGGCCCAGCAGCUCGCGGCCAGCCUGAGGAAGUGCCCUGAUGUGGAGACACUGGCGAUGUGGACACCCACCAUCCCUUUUGGUGUCCAGGAACACCUGCAGCAGCUGGACUCCCGGAUCAGCCUGCGAUGA